AGACACUGAGAACGGAGUCGUGUGCUUUGGACUCAUCGACAUGAUUCGGCGGCGGCUGGAGGAGGAAGGAAGAGGAGGAAAAAAAAAGGGAGAGGGGGAAGGCGAAGCCUCGUUGCUUUUUUUUUCUCCCUUUGCCAAAUAUUCUGCUGUUACCUUAACGCCGAUCUUGUUGGAUGUACACGUAACGGAGUGGACCGAGUCCUCCUUAAUUGGCUUGAGUGGAGGCUCGGGGGCUGCCUCGCGUUUGUUUUAGCCCGGCGCCAGGUUUUAGGCAGCCACCAGAGGCGGGGCGUAAGCGCUAAAGCAACAAGACAAUAGAAGCCUACAUCUUGCCCGAGAUAAUUAGCUUACAUGCUGAUGACAAGCGGAAAGAAAGCGCAGGGCACCUACCGCCCUCCCACCUGGACCCGCGUUUCCGUGCCGCCCCCAUGGCAGCGCUGGGGAGAACACCCUGCGUUUGCGCAGGGAGACGCGCUCUCGCCGCUUGUGUUGCGAAAGACCAGAGCGAAGCCCUGCUGCUUGCCCUUCCUUCCCAGGGGGUUCUCUGGGGGGCGCUCUCAGGAUCCGACGAACUGCGCCUUGGUCACUGUGGUGUCUAAGCAAGGAGGGGAGACGACGCUGGGCUUAAGCGAACCACAGAGAACUGGCAACGCUGAAUACAGACCUUGUUUGCAGGCUCGACCCGGGCGGGCCUGCGUCCCGAAUGGGGUCUGAUUGCGAAGGCGGGGUGGGUUUCCCAGUUACCCAGCUUCUUUCUCUCACUCACCAUUAUUUUAUAGUUGUUGGUAAAUUUAAGAAACACCAAGUGUAGAAUGCUGUACAUCUCUCCCAGUCUCAACGCCAUUUAGAAGUGGAGAUCACUCUUCACAAGGUUUUUGUGAGACUCAAGUAAGAUGGAGCACAUCAAAGUGCUUUGAAAGCUUUGAAUGUUUUUCAGCUCGGUGCCAGAUGCCGCAGUUAUUAUCAUGAUUAUCCCCACCCCCUCUUUAGGUCCCCAGACUUGAGUAAGAGUUGGAUGAAUCUUCCACAGCCCCUGGGUCCUGUCUACUCGGCCUUCGUCCCUUGGCAGCUUUUCAGCCUCUCAGCAGGUCACAGGUGCACGUGGCUGGCAGCUCCCUGGCCUCCAGCUGGGAGAGUCCCAGGGCAACCGGGCCUGCAGCUCUAGAGGGAGCCCCUGCCCUGCCGUUCUGGACCAGUAACCCCCUCCCCAGAAUCGCGCAGCAGGUGGCGAGUCUGGGAGCUGAACUGGAGCGGAGCUCGCAGUGGCUGGUGCGGGCAAAGACUCGCGCUUCCCUCUGGGGCGAAACUGGGACUGCGCUUCAACCUCUGUCUGCAGGCGUGCUUCUCGCGCUCGCCAGCAAGCUCUCGUCUUCACCCCGCCUGGGCCUUUGCAGAGCCCUGCCGCCCAGGCUCCAGCGCCUCUCCUAUCCCAGCCCCUUCUCAACACGCGGCUGUGCCUUCUUCCCCAGGACCGCUGCACCGCCAAGAAUAAGCCCGGAGACUAAGGCGUCUUGUGGGGAAGAGGAGGAUAUCUGUAUCCCCGAGCUUAUCCAAGCAAAGGCGUUGAGAGUCCCUCCCAUGGCCCAAAACACCUCCUUCUGACCGAGGAGCAUUCUUUCUUUCCUCCUGGAGGGGUCUUGCAGGGCCCUCUCUGCGCUGCUUUCUCAGGCACCAUCGGAUUCAUCCUAAAUAGGGCAGACCCCAGCUAAAUCAGUAAUUUUUUUUCCCAUGAAUACGAAGAACCCCAA